AUGAAGGUUGUUAUUGUCGGAGCUGGUAUCGGCGGAUUGGCGCUCGCUUAUGCCUGUCGACGAGAGAAUCUCGAGGUGAUAGUCCUCGAGCGUGCGCCUGUCUUGGAGCCGCUUGGAGCAGGAAUCCAGGUUCCACCGAACGCCGCACGAGUGGCUCGUCAGUUGGGAGUCCUUCCUGCUUUGGAAGAAAAAGGUAUCAUCCUGGAUUCCAUUGAGUAUGUGAGUUAUGCCGAUGGAAAAGUCCUCUACAAAAUGGACAAGAAUUACGUUUGGGACACGUUUAGGGACACUUGGCUUGUCAUUGCUAGGGCAGACCUUCAUCAAGCCUUCUGGGACGCUGCAAAGCAGGCCGGUGCAGAGCUGCGGCUCGGCUCGGAAAUGACCGGUAUUGACUUCCAGAAUUCAUGCGUCCAUUUGGUUGGCGGCGAGCAAGUGACGGGCGAUGUCAUUGUUGGUGCAGACGGUCUUUAUUCUCGGGCUCGCGACCUAAUAUUGGGCAGAGAGUCUCCAGCCACCGAAACGGGAGACUUGGCAUAUCGAUGCACUGUUCCAGUGGAAAUGCUCAAAGGCCUCAACGACCAGGCCCUAAGUAGCCUCCUCGAGAAGAAGACUGCGACGUGUUGGAUGGGCCCAGAUAGACACUGCGUUUUUUAUCCUCUGAAAGGCGGCAAAGAGUACAACCUGAUCAUGCUCCGUCCCGAUAACCUUCCUAAAGACGUGCGACGGGCACCCGGAGAUUUGAACGAGAUGAGAAGUAGCUUUGAAGGCUGGGACCCUCGGUUGACAAAACUGAUUUCUUGCGUUCCAUCGGUGCUGAAGUGGAAGCUAUCCCACCACAAGGAGCUUGAGAGCUGGACACGCGGGUCCGUAGUACUUCUGGGAGAUGCCUGUCAUCCAACUUUACCAUAUCAAGCACAGGGUGCUGCCAUGGCAGUUGAAGAUGGAGCUGUGCUUGGCAAGCUUCUCGGCUUGCUCAACCAGUCCGAGGUAUACAAAUCUCAGGCACCGCGCCGCUUGUCAGAUGUGCUGAAACUCUACGAGAGUUUGCGAAAGGCUCGGACGUCGAACAAUGUGCAAGGGGCAAUUUCAAAUCGAUAUACGUAUCAUUUACUAGACGGGCCUGAACAAGAGGCAAGAGACGCUUGGCUUACUUCUUCGAGAACUACUCCCCCUCCUGAGGGACAAACACUUGGGGAUCAUGAAUAUCUUAGGACGAUGUUAGCUUUUGAUUGUAUUGCAGAUAGCAUCGAUGCUUUUAAGAAGUGGGAAAGGGGACUUACUGGGUUAGCGAUGAAGUUAUAG